GUAUGCAUGAAUCUAUUUUACAUAUUUAUGUUUUCCUUCUAGUUCUUUUCAAAAAGAAUCUUUAUUACAUUUAUUUUGCGUGUGUGUGUGUGUGUGCACACGCAUGCACCCUCGAUGUGUUCUUGUCAUGAGUGUAUGUAGCGGUCAGUUUGGUUCUCUCCGUCCUCCACGGGGGUCCUGGACAUGGAGCUGAGUCAGGCGUGGCAGCAAUCAUUUACUGAGUCAUCUUGCCAUUCCCACUUCUUUUUCGAAAGUAGUUUUUGGUUUUUUUUUUGUUUUUUAGACAGUCUCCUAUGCAGCUCAGGCAGCCUUCAGUUCACGAUUCUUCUACACGAUCUUCCUCGUGCUGGGGUUACAGCUGUGUGUCACCAUACUCUAAAUUCAAGUGAUUUCUUUGAAUGGAGAUUAUGUUGUAUAUAAAUCUGCUUUAAAAACAUUAACAUAUCUUUAACGUUUCAUUAAAAUAAUCUAUAAGCGCUUUUCCUCUGCUGCCGCCAAGGUGCUCGGUUCUUCCUAGGAAGCUAAGGCCGCGUUGGGGUGAGGCCCUCACUUCAUCCGGCCACUAGCACCGUGCCGACAGUCCGCAACAUGGCCUCUGUCUCUGAGCUCGCCUGCAUCUACUCCGCCCUCAUCCUCCACGAUGACGAGGUGACGGUCACGGAGGAUGAGAUCAAUGCCCUCAUUAAAGCAGCUGGUGUCAAUGUUGAACCUUUCUGGCCUGGCUUGUGUGCAAAGGCCCUGGCCAAUGUCAACAUUGGGAGCCUCAUCUGCAAUGUAGGGGCUGGUGGGCCUGCUCCAGCAGCUGGAGUCGCACCAGCAGCCGGUCCUGCCCCCUCCACCGCUGCUGCCCCAGCUGAGGAGAAGAAAGUGGAAGCAAAGAAGGAAGAAUCCGAGGAGUCUGAUGACGGCAUGGGCUUUGGUCUUUUCGACUAGGCGUUUUGAUACCAUGGCUAAUAAAAGGAUGA